AUGCAGACCCAGCACAAAUUUGUCGUCCUUCUAUUCCUCGGUUUGAUCUUGAGUAUUGUAUCUUUCACACCUACCCUGUCAUUUGACGACGCCAUGGAAGCGUUUUAUAACGAUGAAAACAUGUCGGAAUAUGAGCCUGUGGUGAUCUAUCGAAAACGAGGUUUGCGACAGAUGCGUAUGGGCAAACGAUCACCUCAUGGUCUUUGGUCAACCGAAGGUCGUCGAGGAGGACGUACUUUGUAG